GCAAUCCCGCAAUGGAAGGCUACAGCGUGGUGCGCAACAUGUGGUUGAAGUUCUGGAACUCAUCCAAGGGCACGUUUAUCUCCCCGGUUCCGUGUAGCGGCGUUUACGGUCAGGAAGGCAAAUUCAACGUGUGGUCAAUGUCGGUGGGGGUGCAGGCCAUUGUGGACGGUGCGCGGUUGUACCCCCAAGAGCUUGGGCCGUUGGUGAAGCCGGCGGUGGAUGCCAUGAUGCGCUAUAAAUCCCCACAGUACAAGGGCUUCUGUGCGGCCGAAAAUUUUGGUGGCAACAAAGACAUCUACUACGACGACGAUGCACAGGUGGCGCAGGCGUUGAUUACGGCGUAUGAGGCCACGGGGUACAAGCCGUACCUAGACGAAGGAAGAGAGCUUGUGCGCUUUCUCAUGGGUGGAUGGAAUCAGGACGAUGAUGUUUUGAAAGGCGGAAUGUUGUGGCACAUUGAGAGGUUGUAUGUGAAUGCCUGCACUACAGCAGAAUGUGCUAAGGCGGCGUUGGCGUUAGCAAAGUGCAUCCCCUCCGAGAGCUCUUACUAUGUCGAGUUUGCUGCACGCUGUAUCAGGUGGCAGAUUGACUUUUUACAGGACAAGGGUGAUAAGUUGAUCAAGGAUGGUUGUGACAGGGGUUCCACCAGUGUCAACGAUACCAAGUGGUCUUAUAACACCGGAACAACCAUCUCUGCGGCCGCGUUGUUGUACUCCUUCACCAAAGACGAGACCUGGAAGCAGAUCUGCGACGAAUUGGUUGGCGCUGCUAUCGAUACCAACACCACUUUGUUUGACAGAGACUACGGCGACCACGAAAAGCGCUACUGGCGAGACCCGUCAUACUUCAUCCAGCUCUUGUUUGAGGGUCUUGCGGAUUAUGUGCUUGUGUUUGGCGAGGAUGCCACCCACUCCGAGCGAAUCAAGUACCAGAUCCACCGCCAUUUAGUGCUUUUCCAUAAGUACAUGUACGAUGAUAAAGACGGCUUGUACUUUAUGACCUUCGAACCGCACCGCAUUCCGGAAAAGUACGAGUUAUACCGAAAGGAGAUUGGAGAUAAGGGCUGCGGUGUGUUUGGUGAAGAUAGGCAAGGCGGGGAUGGGAACCCUGAGGACAGGCCCAGCUGCAAAACCUUGAUUGGAUCUGGUUCAGCCGCCCGGAUUUGGUUCCAGGGGACCAGAGUUGUCACGUCUAUGUGAUUUCCGGAAAUUGGUGUGUUU